UAGAUGAGCUGUGCGCUGUCCGCGGUGCUGAAUGCUGCUGCGGCUGCUGCUCACCGGAGAUCUUCGACGCAGAUUUUACACCGGAGCACCGCCACAACCUUCAUCGGCUCGAGCUUUCCAGACUUCUAACACAAAUAUCCCACUUGAAAUCUUUUUUCUUAUCGCUGGCUGGAUCUUAAGAUGGCACUGCGUGGAGUAACAUUGCGCAAGGCAAAAGCGGACUUAUUUGACUGCUGUUUUGUGACUGUGAAAACAGCCCUUUCAUACUGAACGUGUUUCUCCUCUAUCUCCAUUUUCUGGCUCAUCCUUUUCAGGACAUCGAGGCAUUUUCUUUCUUUCCUUCCUUUUUUUAAAACAAAAGGGGAGGCGUGACAUUUGCAUUAGUUUAACAAUAUGCUCAUUAUUGCUGCACAUCCAUUUAUCGUCGUAUUAUAGAAUUCUUUAAGAUCAUUUGGACAUGGAGCCCGGAAAGGAGGGAGCUCUCCCUACCUCUAAAGAGGGAUUAAAACAAAUCGCGGGAAAGGCCCUCGGCAAUCUGUACAGGAGGCUGGAGAAGCGGCAGCAGCAAACAGGUGAGGCCAUCGAGCUGACGGAGGAUGGGAGACCCAGAGAGGAGCAGGCGCGGAAGACGCCUCUGUGCGACUGCACGUGCUUCGGGCUGCCGCGCAGAUACAUCAUCGCGAUGCUGAGUGGGCUCGGCUUCUGCAUCUCGUUCGGUAUCCGGUGUAACUUGGGUGUGGCCAUCGUCAGCAUGGUCAAUAACCACACGGUGCACGAGAACGGCAAGAUCAUCAUAAAAGAGAAAGCGAUAUUCAACUGGGACCCAGAGAUCGUGGGCAUGAUUCAUGGAUCCUUCUUCUGGGGCUACAUAGUUACUCAGAUUCCAGGAGGGUACAUAUCCUCAAGACUGGCUGCAAACAGGGUUUUUGGGGCUGCCAUCGUGCUGACAUCCAUCCUGAACAUGUUCAUUCCCUCUGCCGCUCGGGUGCAUUAUGGAUGUGUCAUCUUUGUGAGGAUAUUACAAGGGUUGGUGGAGGGAGUGACUUAUCCAGCCUGCCAUGGGAUCUGGAGCAAGUGGGCUCCACCGCUGGAGAGAAGUCGUCUGGCAACCCUUUCCUUUUGUGGAUCCUAUGCUGGUGCAGUGGUUGCAAUGCCUCUGGCUGGGAUCCUGGUCCAGUACACAGGAUGGUCCUCUGUGUUCUACGUGUAUGGGUCCUUUGGAAUUGUUUGGUACAUGUUCUGGAUCUUGGUGUCCUACGAAAGCCCGGCUGAGCACCCGACCAUCACUGAUGAAGAGCGGCGUUACAUUGAGGAGAGCAUUGGUGAAAGUGCUCAGCUGAUGGGAGCGAUGGAGAAAUACAAGACACCCUGGAGGAAGUUUUUCUCCUCCAUGCCCGUCUAUGCAAUCAUUGUGGCCAACUUCUGCAGGAGCUGGACAUUUUAUCUGCUGCUCAUUAGUCAGCCGGCAUACUUUGAAGAAGUGUUUGGCUUUGAAAUUAGCAAGGUUGGAAUUGUAUCGGCUCUCCCCCACUUGGUCAUGACCAUCAUCGUACCCUUAGGUGGCCAGUUAGCAGACUAUCUGCGGACCCACAACAUCAUGUCCACCACUACGGUCCGUAAAAUCAUGAACUGUGGAGGCUUUGGUAUGGAGGCCACGCUCUUACUAGUGGUUGGUUAUUCUCACAGUAAAGGGGUGGCCAUCUCAUUCUUAAUUCUGGCGGUAGGAUUCAGUGGAUUUGCAAUAUCAGGUUUCAACGUAAACCAUUUAGACAUCGCUCCUCGCUAUGCCAGCAUCCUCAUGGGCAUAUCUAAUGGUGUGGGUACCCUGUCUGGGAUGGUCUGUCCACUGAUAGUGGGCGCAAUGACAAAGAACAAGACCCGAGAAGAGUGGCAAUAUGUCUUCCUCAUUGCUUCCCUCGUGCAUUAUGGUGGUGUGGUGUUUUAUGGGAUCUUUGCAUCUGGAGAGAAACAGCCAUGGGCCGACCCUGAAGAGACCAGCGAAGAGAAGUGCGGCUUUAUCGAUGAGGAUGAGCUGGCCGAAGAGACGGGUGAUAUCACGCAGAGUUACGGCGCAAUGGGCGGUCCGGCUAAAAGCUAUGGGGCCACUUCCCAGCUCAAUGGAGGUUGGGUACAGGACUGGGAUAAGACGGAGGAGUAUGUGCAGGAACCGGCGGGAAAGAUGUAUGCUGAGCGUGGCUACUCUUAAAGCAGGGCGGCUGUGGUGAGUCUGCUUACAGAACCAGACUCUCCAUCCCAGAUUGCACAAAUAACCACUAUAUUAGAUGAUAUUUAAAUCCAUUCAGUGUAUUACAGUAAAAUGGUUCCUCGUAGUUUCAAGAAGCAAGUGUAAAGAAGUAGUUAGUCGCAAUGCAGAACAAUCCUUACUGAUUGUCACAUUUUUCACCAUGUUUAGCUUCAUUAUACUGUUGAUAGCAGUUGAAAAGAAAACUGCAGGCCAUCAUUGUACUUCUUAGGCACCCAAACCUCAUCAAUCUACUUGAACAACCAAGAGCCAGAUGACACUGCAGCUGACCAUCAUAUGGGGUCUUUCUCUGAAGUACCACUCUGAUUGCACUGAAACAAUGAGUAUUCUAAAAAUGAGAUUCUAUCCUGUAUCUCAGAUGUGUUUUAUGUACUGUAUAUACCUGUAUACUGUUUCUGUGAGACUGUUGUGGAUUUUGGGUCGUUGAUCUGUGUUAACAUUACUAUAAAAGGCCAUAUUUUUCAUGGACAGUACCUUUUCAGGGAGAUGUCUGCUUGCAAAAAAAGGCCUUCUCAAGCAAAGCCUAUAAUACACUAUAAGACAAAAAUAGAGUGAGUGAAAUUGAAGUGUAGAGUUUUAGUGUGUGUUUUUUGCAUGAAUUUGCUCAAUCAAUGUUUCAGAUGCAGCUGCCAUAAGGUCACUGUCCCUCAUCCUGCCUACUGCUUUCUUCUUAGUGUCUUCUGCCAUAAUAAAUAAUGAAAUGAACUUUAAUUAUCAGGUUUUGGCUGUGAUGUGAGACAAAUUAAAAAAAAAAUAAAAAAAAAAAAAAAGGUUUUGAUGACUAUUGCUCAGAAGGCAUUGUUAAUUGAUGUUUGGUGUGCACUGCAAUAAAUUCUGUGUACCAGCCACCACCCAUCACAUUCUGUUUUGUAAUGUAACCUUGGCUUGCUGUAUCUAAGUGUACUUGUUUUGGAGUCAUGUGAUGAUCAACACUUAAGAUGUGUGUUUUAACAAAUUACUAGUGUCCGGAGAAUCCAGCGUUAGUGCUCAUGAUGCAGGGCAUAUUGUUGCAUUUUGAAAGCGAGGGAUUGUGUACGAACAACCAGGCAUUGUGAUCUCUUGGUGUUUCUUGGUUGUUCUCAUUGUCACCAAAAGUACUUUAUUGACACUUUGAUAUUGUCACGUUUCAGUGGACCAUAUGAGAUGGCUCUUCCACCUUAAUAGAUGGCUCUUCCACCUUUCUUUGCAAUUUGAACACCUUUAUUCAUUUGCUGUAUGGAUUCUGCAAGGAUGUUUAAAAAAAUAUAUGAAUAUUUAAGAAUGUUUAAGAUGACCAAAAGAUGCUAUUACGGCUUUGUGCCUAAAGUUUAUGUAAAAAGAUAAAUGUGAUUUUAUGGCU